UCUUGAGCUCACUUUAGUAGUCAAGCUCACAUCAUGUUGUCUUAUAUCGUAUCAGGUCUUUUGUUACUUGUGAUAAGUUUUUAUUAUUAUGUAACUAGAACAUUCAAUUAUUGGACAUCUCGUAAUGUCGCUGGUCCAAAACCGAUACCUCUGUUUGGUAAUAUCAUGGAAUCCGCAUUAAGGAAGAAAAAUAUCGCUCUUGUUAUGCACAAAAUAUAUCAAGACUAUCCUAAAGAGAAGCUGGUCGGAGUCUACAGGAUGACCACGCCUUGUGUGUUGGUAAGAGACUUGGAGGUCAUCAAACAUAUUAUGAUUAAAGACUUCGACAUGUUUGAAGAUCGAGGAAUAGAGUUCAGUAAAGAAGGAUACGGUGCUAACUUAUUCCAUUCAGAUGGCGAGACAUGGCGGGCGUUAAGGAAUAGAUUUACUCCAAUAUUUACCUCUAGGAAAUUAAAGAACAUGCUGUACCUGAUGACCGACCGCGGCGACAAAUUCGUACAAGGUGUUGAAAAAAUAAUCAAAGAACAACCGGAACAAGCUGUGUUGAAACAUAUCCAACUUUACACGAUUGCUACUAUAUCGGCUUGUGCUUUUGGUAUUGACAUCGAUAAGUUGGGUAAAACUCUAGAUUCCUUGUACAAACUAGAUGAAAUGGCUUUAAACACUAAUUUCUUCUCUGAAUUAGACAUGAUGUUUCCCGGAAUAUUGAAGCAUAUGACGUAUACAAUCUAUCCAGCGUUAGCUAGAGAAAUUUUCGACGGUCUCAUCAAGAAUGUCAUAACAGAACGAAACGGUAAGCCGAGUAAUAGAAAUGAUUUUAUCGAUCUAAUACUGGCAUUAAAAGAAAAAGGUGAAAUCGAAGCUUCCAAAACUAAUACCGAAGAGAAAAUAAAGCCACUGGAAUUGACUGAAAGCGUAAUGGCGGCUCAAGCAUUUAUAUUCUUCUUAGGAGGUUACGAAACCAGUUCAACGACAAUGACAUUCAUGAUGUACCAAUUGGCUUUAAACCCUGAUAUACAAAAUAAAAUGAUCGAAGAAAUCGACGAAGUACUUGAGAGGUGCAAUGGAGAAGUUACAUACGAGACUUUGAACGAAUUGACUUAUAUGGAGAAAGUUUUCGAUGAGACAUUACGUAUGUAUCCUAUAGUAGAUCCGUUGCAAAGGAAUGCGAAGAACGAUUACAAAGUGCCGGGAACUGAUGUGGUGAUAAAGAAAGGUCAGACUGUGUUGGUAUCACCUCGUUCUGUACAUUACGACGACCAGUACUAUCCGAACCCGCACAAAUUUGAUCCGGAGAGGUUCUCUCCAGAAGCAGUCGGCGAGAGACACUCUUGUGCUUACAUACCAUUCGGCAUCGGACCGAGGAAUUGCAUCGGUAUGAGAUUCGCCAAAGUUCAAUCCCGAGUUUGUCUACUGAAGUUCUUCUCGAAGUUCAGAGUUGAGGCGACAAAUAAAACUCCCAAAGUUAUAGAAUACGAUCCUAGAAGGUCGACUGUGUCACCUCUGGGGGGAAUCCCCUUAAAUAUUAUACGCAGAAAGUGAAAUUAUAAAAAUUAUAUUUGUACAUAAUGCCAGUACACUAAGACAGUAGCGUUCAAAAUUGGUUAUAAGCUGGCAUAAUAUAAACACUGACUGGCGCCAGUGAGCCAAAACAGUUCAUGCUAAGCCAGCGCUUUUCUACUGUACUGGCAUAAUGUAAACCAAGCUUAUUG